AUGAAGUCGCAACUGUUGAGCCUGGCCGUGGCCGUCACAACCAUCUCCCAGGGCGUUGUUGGUCAAGAGCCCUUCGGAUGGCCUUUCAAGCCUAUGGUCACUCAGGAUGACCUGCAAAACAAGAUUAAGCUCAAGGAUAUCAUGGCAGGCGUCGAGAAGCUGCAAAGCUUUUCUGAUGCUCAUCCUGAAAAGAACCGAGUGUUUGGUGGUAAUGGCCACAAGGACACUGUCGAGUGGAUCUACAAUGAGAUCAAGGCUACUGGCUACUACGAUGUGAAGAAGCAGGAGCAAGUACACCUGUGGUCUCACGCCGAGGCUGCUGUUAGUGCCAAUGGCAAGGAGCUCAAGGCCAGCGCCAUGUCCUACAGCCCUCCUGCCAGCAAGAUCAUGGCUGAGCUUGUCGUUGCCAAGAACAAUGGCUGCAAUGCUACCGAUUACCCAGAGAACACUCAGGGCAAGAUCGUCCUCGUUGAGCGUGGUGUCUGCAGCUUCGGCGAGAAGUCUUCUCAGGCUGGUGAUGCAAAGGCUGCUGGUGCCAUUGUCUACAACAACGUCCCCGGAUCCCUUGCUGGAACUCUUGGUGGCCUUGACAAGCGCCAUGUCCCAACCGCUGGUCUUUCACAGGAGGAUGGAAAGAACCUUGCUACCCUCAUUGCAUCUGGCAAGGUUGAUGUCACCAUGAACGUUAUCAGUCUGUUUGAGAACCGAACCACCUGGAAUGUCAUUGCUGAGACCAAGGGAGGAGACCACAACAACGUUGUCAUGCUCGGUGCUCACUCCGACUCCGUCGAUGCCGGCCCUGGUAUCAACGACAACGGCUCCGGCUCCAUUGGUAUCAUGACCGUUGCCAAAGCCCUUACCAACUUCAAGCUCAACAACGCCGUUCGCUUUGCCUGGUGGACCGCUGAGGAAUUCGGUCUCCUUGGAAGCACCUUCUACGUCAACAGCCUGGAUGACCGUGAGCUGCACAAGGUCAAGCUGUACCUCAACUUCGACAUGAUUGGCUCUCCCAACUUCGCCAACCAGAUCUACGACGGUGACGGUUCGGCCUACAACAUGACCGGCCCCGCUGGCUCUGCUGAAAUCGAGUACCUGUUCGAGAAGUUCUUUGACGAUCAGGGUAUCCCACACCAGCCCACUGCCUUCACCGGCCGAUCCGACUACUCUGCUUUCAUCAAGCGCAACGUCCCCGCUGGUGGCCUUUUCACUGGUGCUGAGGUUGUCAAGACCCCCGAGCAAGUUAAGCUGUUCGGUGGUGAGGCUGGCGUUGCCUAUGACAAGAACUACCAUGGCAAGGGCGACACUGUUGCCAACAUCAACAAGGGAGCUAUCUUCCUUAACACUCGAGCAAUUGCCUAUGCUAUCGCCGAGUAUGCUCGGUCCCUCAAGGGAUUCCCAACCCGCCCAAAGACUGGCAAGCGUGACGUCAACCCCCAGUAUUCUAAGAUGCCUGGUGGUGGUUGCGGACACCACACUGUCUUCAUGUAA